UAUUUGCUCAGAGAAUCAACAACUUUAGUUACAAAACCGACCUGAUAUAAGAGUUAUUUUUGAGGGACAUUUCUUUUCGAGACAGAAAAUGGACCGAGCGGUGAGUCUCCCGAACCAGCCCGACAGAACCACCACAGUGACUCUGGUGGAAAACAGCCCCAACCCCAGUGGACUGGAGCUGGUCAGUUCAUACCAGACCACACGAGUAGGAGACCCGAUGGACCUGGUGGCUUUAGCUUCACAAGUACAAAAGGGAGAUGAUUUCAUCAAAGCAAAUGCCUGCAACAAACUGACUGUCAUCGCUGACCAGAUCAGAUACCUCCAAGAACAGGCCAGAAAGGUUUUAGAAGACGCUAAACGAGAUGCAGACCUCCACCAUGCUGCUUGUAACAUAGUGAAGAAACCAGGAAACAUGUAUUACCUUUAUGAACGCCCGUCUGGACAGAAGUAUUUCUCUAUUAUCUCUCCUCAGGAAUGGGGUUCGAGCUGCCCACACCCUUUUAUUGGUGCAUUUAAACUUCAGCAUGACAUGUCCUGGACUCCCAUAGAAGAGGUGGAAAAAAGGGACGCAGAGAUCGCCAUUAUGGACAAACUCCUAAACCAGCAGAUCGCCUUACCAUCCAACAUAGGACCUAAUUUCAAAGGAUUAUGUAAUGAAUAAAUGAUCGACUCAU